UCGUUCGGUGCGGAUGUCCGUUAUGUUACUGUGGUCGGACGGUGUCAAGGAGCAGCAGUCAUAGUUCAACCUUUCUUAAAAUAAGUUUUAAAAACACAUAUUAAUUGGCCGAAGUGAUUCAGAGCAAAGUUCUUACCCGGAUCACAGCCCCGGACUCUCCAUUACACCGAUACAAACACCUAUAACGCCCGUGCACCGGUUGUCCCAGCACUUCACAGCUCCGCGGGGCCCGGCGAGGCGCGGCGGGAGCAGAUGGAGCCUGCACCGGCGAAAGCGAAGCCACAGGGCCGGCUCCUGGUGUCCACCCCUCUGGAUGCCAAAGACGAGUUGGAGGAGCGAUUGGAGCGAUGUGUCGCAAUUGUCCAGGCAAUAACCAAUGGGCUCUCAGAAAGAGAAGCUAACGAUGCACUCACUGCCAACGUUUGUAAAGGUCAGCAGCAGCAUGAGGAGGUAUGCCUUGGUUUGUUCAUGCUGGUCCUCACGGAACCAACCCAGGCCCAGAGGUGUUACAGAGAUCUGGCGCUGGUUAACAGAGAUGGGAUGAACAUAGUCCUGGUGAAAAUCAACCAGAUAUUGAUGGAGAAGUUCCUCAAACUGCAGGACGUUCCAAGGACACAACUGGUGUGGGUGGUCAGAGAACUUGUUAAGAGUGGAGUUAUUGGAGCCGACGGUGUUAUCAUGACGCUUUUGAAACAGAUCGCAGGUGGAGAUAUCUCCGCAAAGAACCUAUGGUUGGCUGAGAGUGUCCUGGACAUCCUGUUUGAGCAAAAGGAGUGGGUGUCAAAGAGUGGGAUGCUAAUAGCGAUGUCGGUCUACACUUACCUCCGACUUAUUGUUGACCAUGGAACCCCAAACCUGUUGCCUCUGCGCCAAAAAGAAGUCGAUUUCUGCAUCGGCAUGCUGAGAGAAAAGUUCAUGGAGUGCCUGAUCAUUGGAAGAGAUCUGGUUCGCCUGCUGCAGAACGUUGCUCGAAUCCCAGAGAUGGAGCUGCUAUGGAGAGAUUUGUUGCACAACCCACAAGUUCUUAGUCCUCAGUUCACCGGUAUCCUCCAGCUUCUGACAGCUCGGACGUCUCGGAAGUUUCUGGCCUGUCGCCUCACUCCAGACAUGGAGACUAAGCUGCUAUUCAUGACCUCCAGGGUACGGUUUGGGCAGCAGAAGCGGUAUCAGGACUGGUUUCAGAGGCAGUACCUGUCCAUGGCGGAGAGCCAGUCGCUGCGCUGCGAUCUGAUCCGGUACAUCUGUGGGGUUGUCCAUCCAUCCAAUGAGGUGCUGAGCUCUGAUAUCCUGCCACGCUGGGCUAUCAUUGGGUGGCUGCUGACCACCUGCACGUCAAAUGUAGCAGCCUCCAAUGCCAAGCUGGCUCUCUUUUACGACUGGCUUUUCUUCAACCCAGAAAAAGACAGCAUCAUGAAUAUAGAGCCUGCCAUCCUGGUGAUGCAUCACUCUAUGAAACCUCAUCCUGCCAUCACGGCCACACUGCUGGACUUCAUGUGCAGGAUCAUCCCUAACUUUUUCCCCCCACUUGAGUCUCAGGUUCGUCAGGGAGUCUUUAAUUCACUCAACUUCAUUAUGGAGAAGCGGGUGCUGGCUCACCUCGCUCCGUUAUUUGAUAAUCCCAAACUGGACCGGGAGCUUCGAUCGAUGCUCAGGGAAAGAUUCCCAGAAUUCUGCAGUCCACCAUCUCCUCCCACUGAAGUUAAGCUGGAAGAGACUGUUUCCAUGGAGAUGGACAACCAUGUUCUGGACAAGGAGGAGAGUUGCUAUGACAACACAGAAGCUGCUUUCAGUGAUGACGAGGAGGAAGUCAACAACAAAGGAAAGAAGAGAGAGUUCAGGUUUCAUCCAAUCAAAGAGGCUGUGAUGGAGGAGCCUGCUGACAUCACGCCCUGGUUAGACCAACUAGACGACACUAUGAAGGAGAAGGUGCAGCAAAUUCAGAAGACCAGUGACACAGAAACUCAGUGUGAGGUGAUGCAGGAGAUUGUGGAUCUUAUCCUGGAGGAGGACUUCGAUACAGAGCAGAUGUCAGCACUAGCUUCCUGUCUGGCUGAACUGUUUAAAGAUCAUUUCAGAGGGGAGGUCCUCCCGGAGGAGAUCACUGAGGAAUCUCUGGAGGAGUCUGUGAGCAAACCCGUCUGCCUGAUCUUCAGGAACCUGGCCACCAUGCAGGAGGACAACAGCGGGUUUUCAGUGCUGCUGGACAUGUUGGCAGAACUUUACCAGAAGCAGCCAAAGAUCGGUUACCACCUGCUGUAUUACCUGAAAGCCAGUAAAGCGGCAAACGGGAAGAUGAUGCUCUACGAGUCAUUUGCUCAGGCGACAGCUCUGGGCGAUCUGCACACCUGUCUGAUGAUGGACAUGAAGGCCUGUCAGGAAGAUGACGUUCGGCUUCUCUGCUACCUCACACCCUCUAUUUACUCUGAGUUUCCAGAUGAAACGCUGCGAAGCGGCGAGCUGCUCAACAUGAUUGUAGCUGUUAUUGACCCCAUGCAGUUACAGGAGCUGAUGUGCCACGUGAUGGUGGGGAGCCUGGUGAUGUUUCGGAAAGACUCUGUUCUCAACAUCCUCAUUCAGUCUCUGGAAUGGGAGACGUUUGAGCAGUACAGCACUUGGCAGCUGUUCCUGGCCCACAGUAUCCCACUGGAAACCAUCAUCCCCAUCCUGCAGCACCUCAAAUAUAAAGAACACCCAGAGGCCUUGUCCUGUCUGCUACUGCAGCUCCGCAGAGAAAAACCAAGUGAGGAAAUGGUGAAGAUGAUCCUGAGUCGGCCCUGUCACCCCGAGGACCAGUUCACCACCAGCAUCCUCAGAAACUGGGCGUCAAAAUAUGACGACACACUGGGAGAGCACAUCAAGGCCCAGCUGAUCAAGAACAACAACCAGCCCCGAAAGAGACAAAGCCUUCGUAGUUCCAGCAGUAAACUGGCUCAGCUGACCUUGGAGCAGAUCUUAGAGCACUUGGACAACCUGAGAUUAAGUCUCAGCAACACAAAGAACAACUUCUUCACUCAGACUCCAAUCCUUCAGGCUCUGCAGCACGUUCAGGCCAGCUGUGAUGAAGCUCAUAAGAUGAGGUUCAGUGACUUGUUUGCUCUUGCAGAGGAGUAUGAGGACUCUCAAUCAAAACCACCAAAGUCUCGGCGGAAAGCUCCAGCUUCAUCGCCUCGCUCUCGAAAAGGAGUGGCUCCACCCACCAACAACGAGGAGGAGAGUGGAUCCAGCUCUGCCUCGGAGGAAGAAGACUCGAAGCCCAAAGCUCCUAAGAGGAAGCGGAAAGGCUCGUCAGCGGUUGGUUCUGACAGCGAAUGAUGGAUCCUUGGACCAGUCACGCAUACGCCAACAGAGGCCGCCAGCCGACCAGUCGCUCAACCACUGGAGGAAGCCCCAAGACGGGGUGUAGAGAGACAAUGCAGACUUUUGCAUGACAAGACUGAUUCUGUUUCCAUGGAGACAAAGACCAACUGCAGGCUGGCUGUUCUCCCUUGAUGCCCUCGGAGGAGACACCACAAACUCUUGAACUAAAUGGACUGAUUUUAACAGCAACAUUAAUGAGCGUGACCCUUGCUCCUUUUUUUUACUGGAGGGUGGCACGGACUCUUCAUUUGGAGCAAACUGACUUUCUGCUGUUUUUAGCAGCUCCUGCCUGUUUGUUUCACUGCAGUAAAAAAGCUACUCAUCCGUUGUUAAGUCAUGUCAGAUGAAUUCUUCAUAAAAAAACAAACUGAUGGUU